CCAUCCUCGACCAGCCGGUCCCCCUCGCCCGGCACCGGCUCCUGGCUGCGGUACCAGCGCGGCUCCGCCACCAACUUUCCGGAGCGCAGCGAAGCGGAGCAUCCUCCCCCCCCCCGCCCCCCACCCGGGGGAAGCGGCGGCGGCCCCGGGGGCGGCCAUGCUGGGUCCGGCGGUGCGGCUGGCGCUGGGAGCCGGGGAGCUGGUGCCGGCGGUGCCGGGGCGGCUGCUGGCCAUGCUCUGGCCGGCGCUGGUGCUGGGGGCGGCGGCUCUGUUGGUCCUGCGGGGGCUGCGACGCGGUCGGGGGCCCCGCCGAGCCGCCGGGGGGGAGCCGGAGGAGGAGGAGGAAGAGGAGGAGGAGGAUGGCCCCGCGGGGACCGGGGCGCUGCCGGCGCGGCGGCCGGAGGAACAAAGGCGCCCGGCGCAGGUUCCAGUGAAUGGCCAGCUUAUACCAUCAGCCAACACCAGAGAGAAAAAGCUCCUCAAGCCUAAGAAGAAGAGGAAAGCCCAGUGCUCAGACAAGGAGGUGCCAAAAGAGCUUUCUGUGGAAAAAGACAAACUGCAGGAGGAGGAAGGAGUUUGGCAGACCAAGAUCAGCAGCCGAGAAAAGAGACACUUAAGGAAGGAAAGGCUGAAACAAAAAGACCCCAGCAGAGCAUCCCUGGGUAGCUCGGCGGCCGAGCCAGCCUUUGACUGGGAUGAGAAGGGAGCGGUGUGGCCACUCACAGAGGACACUGGUGGCGGUGGAAGAGGUGCUCUCGUUGCCAAGGCAGAGUGUGGGACCGCGCUGAAGGCCUCAGGAGCCAUACGGGAAGAAUCGGCGCCCUCCCGUUUAGAGGAGGACGUUUUCUCCAACGUAGGAACAUGGGAUAUUGCAGAAGUAAAAUCCUGUCCUGUGACCUUUGGGACGUUAUCUGAGCUGUCCAGGGAGUUAGAUAACACGAAGAGUAAAUCAUCCGAGGACAGUCCAUCCAGAUGCUGCUGGCACGCCAGCUCGACCUUCCUCCCCGCAGACGAUGCAUGGCAGGGGCAGGAUGAUCCUUCAGCGAUUGACCUAGACUCCGACUGGAAGGCUCCCACGGAAGAGUGGGGAAAUUGGACAGGACAUGAGGAGCAUCAGGCAGGGGAGGAGAAGGAGAAGGAUUUGCCAAAAGGCAAGGCAGGCAUUCCUUUCUGCCUUUCCGGACUGAAAAGCAAAACGCAGCAGCAGAAGAAGAAGAAAAUUGAAGUGAAGGAAGCAAGGGGUGGAGUGGGACUGAGGCAUCCCCAGCCAGGUUUGGAAACAAGAAUGGAAGAAGGCCCAAGGGACUUGGUAUCUACAGAACAUAGCAGUGAUGCAGUCUGUGCUUCCUUCAGGAAAUCCUUGGACGUUGCUAAUAAUUCACCCAAUAAUGGUGUACCUGGGAAAAAGGAGAGGAGGAAGAGGAAGAAAAUGAAGAAGGAGACUUGAGGGAGCUGUGCAGAUGCCGGAGUGACAACCCAAAGGGGCAGGCGUGCCGACAAGCUGCAAGGAUUCUGCUUUCUGCCAUGCCGCGCUGAGCCCAAAGUCAAGAGAGGCUCCAGGAGACCUCCCAGCGAGAAGAGGAGGAGGAGAGGAGUGGCGAGAGAGCCACAGAGCGUGAGUGUGUGAGAGACGGGAGAGAAUGAGCACGCUGUGCACAGGAGGGGGCGGUGGAACAGAGCGGCUCUUCGUUACAAACCGCUGCCCUUGAUUAAAAGCUGUUGAAUGGGUUUUGACUGGUUGCAUUAAGUCCUUUCAGUUUUUCACUGUCACGUUGUUUGUCAGCUUGUAAUGUUAUACGCCAGUGUAGAAAUGGUCGGGACGUACCUGACCGUGAUUGUACUUCGGUUCCAUGGAGGAUCCACCAGCUGGUCUCUGGCAUUUUUGCAGCAAUGCUCAUCGACUGGCUACUAAUGCCCAGAAGGAAGCACUGUUCAGAGACCAAGGGAGAACAACGUGGAUCAUUCUCCAACCUUCUAAAUCUUUUAAAGCGUUCUUGGCUGCUACAGUCAGACUUUUGCCUCAUACCUUGCCAUAUUUAUACUUUUCACCCCACAUCAGGCUGGCUUGCUCCACAAGGGAGAAGUUCUAGAGGAGAUCUUAAACUCAUUUGGAAAGAUGGUCUAAACCCUUUUUUUUCUCCUCAGAUUUCAUGAGAGAGAAAUCUCCUCAGAUUUCAUGGGCUAAAGUUUAAAGUCUGUAUGUCCAAAGCAUGUUGCAUUUGUACUUAUAAUAGACCGAAGUAACUUUUUGAAAUCAUUUUUCUUACUCUGAUGUUUGGAAGUUUUUAUCAUUUUGUUACUUAAAUAUUGUGAAUGAAAUUUUUAAAAAUGUCAUUUUAGUAUUUCUUAAAGAGUGGGUAUUUCUCGUUGUUGGAGGGCUUAUAGUAUGGAGGAGGGACCGCAUCAAAGUCGAAUACUGUGGUUUAUAAAUAGCGCUGAGCUGACACCACUAAAAGCUGAAGCCCUUUAUCCCUGGAGGAGCUGCAGCUCUGGUGGUAGCUGUGAGGGUUUCUUAGGUGGUCCUGAGGCUGUGCCUCCACCUGACCCAUCCUAGAAGUGCUGCCUGGAAGGAUGAGAUAACGGUUGUCAACUCUCCGUCUGCAUUCGACUUUGUGCCUUUGGAGGUUGUAUGGGCAGAUUGCCUUACUGAUGCAUGUUAACAGUUUGCGUGUCCAUGCAAACUGAUGCCGUGAAACUCAAUUUCACGCAGGACAUUGAGUAACGAGGGCUGUUAAUGGCUUUACACCCCUACAGCGGCACUCCUGUUUGCAUCACCGAGCCAGAUGCGCUCGGUGCUUCUGCCAUCGCAGCCACCCAGUCUCCGAUGGUGGCUUGUCUGAGCAUUACCUGCAGCUCAGCGCUUUUACCUGAGAGCCUUCAUCUGUUGCACGGCUGUCAGAGCAGCCGCGUCCUUCAGAGAAGCAAUUAAUUGCAGCAGCGUAUUUGUGUUUGGAGUUUGGCUACUAUACAUUAAAGGGCAGCUCUCCCGUGCGGUGGGUUUUGGGGUAGCCAGCUGUACAGUGCGCCCUGACGUUUAGCACGGCAGGAUUGUUUCAGGCAGGUGAGGGCUAAUCUUUAACUGCUGCCACUUGGCAGCCCACUGUCUAGAAUCUGCACGCCUUGGUGUUUGUGUCUCAGCGUAGGGGAAAUACGGGCAGUUUAUGAAUUGACUGAAUAGACCAAAGGGCUUUUAUCUGGAAAGUAACAGGUUUGGAGCAGAUGCCUGACAAGAAAAUGCACGGCCUCGCUGGAGAAACAAGUACAGCAAGUUCAAGGCUUUAGAAGAUGUGUUAAUGAGUACGUGGGUAAUGAGUGAAGUUCUGCUACCUCUGAAGCCAAUGGAAAACAUCCAUUGACCUCAUUGGGGCCAGGAUGUUGCCCAAGGUCUUUGUUUAGCAUUGAAGAUAACCUCUGUGACCAAAAAAAGAAAAAAAAAGAAAAAAAAAAGAAAAAAAAAGAAAAAAAAAGAAUGAAGGAGAUAAAGAGAAGCUGACAAGGGUGGUAGACUCCAGAUUUCUUCUGCUUUUUUCUCUAUAUCUGCUUGCAAACUUUUUGAUGUCUGUGUAAUUAUGUUUUAUUUCUACGUGUUACAGUAUUUCAAAUGUUCAUUGUUUUUAUAAUAAAAAAU